AUGACAACUGCAUGACAUGGAGGCCAAGGUAUUGGCGUUAUAGUAAUUUUGCACUCAAAGCAUGCUUUUGCGUAGGUCUACUUAGAGCUUGCAAACAUUAGAAGGUGAAGUACAUGAAAAUGGAGUAUAAGCAAGAGGAAGUGUUUGUUUGAUUGUUUCGUCGUGGACCAUCGCCUUUUGCAAGUGUUUGUUUGAUUGUUUCGUUGUGGACCAUCGCCGGACGGAAAUCAUAUUCCAGCAACUCAUACCGUACAAAGGGCUAUGGUGUUAUUUCCAUCUCUUCUUGAGGGGUGGGGAAGAACAAAAUCGGGCAAGAAAACGAAGAAUUGCCCUAGCGAUGUUGCGAGGAAAACUGCAAAAGCAUGGGAAAAGGAAGCCAAAAAGAAUGAACGCGUUUCGAGUUCUUCCGGCGUGGUUAUGUCUGAGAGGUCCAACACUCUCUCCUCCGUUUGCUCCAAGAGAGGCCGGAAGGGGAUCAAUCAGGAUUGCUUAACCAUUUGGAAGGAAUUUGGAUGCCAAGAAGACAUGAUAUUUUGUGGGAUAUUUGAUGGCCAUGGCCAAUGGGGUCAUCUUGUUAGCAAAAGGGUUAGGGAAUCCUUGCCUGCUUCCUUGUUGUGCAAUUGGCAAGAGACUCUCACUUCAACAUCACUUGACCCGGAUUUUGAAAUGGAGAUGGACAGAAACCUCCAUGGUUUCGAUAUGUGGAAGCAAUCCUUUCUGAAAACCUAUGCUGCCAUUGACAAGGAGCUCAAGCAUUCUUCCAAACUCAAUUCCUACUGGAGUGGCGCUACGGCUCUGACAAUUAUUAAGCAGGGUGAAAAUCUCGUCGUUGCAAACAUCGGUGAUUCUCGGGCUGUUUUAGCCUCCGUUUCUGAUGAUGGCAGUUUGGCAGCCCUCCAGCUUACAGUGGACUUUAAACCCAAUUUACCUCAAGAGGCUGAGCGAAUAAAUAGGUCGAAUGGGCGAGUGUUUUGCUUACAAGAUGAACCAGGGACUUACAGGGUGUGGAUGCCAAAUGGUAAAACACCAGGACUGGCAAUAUCAAGAGCAUUUGGUGACUACUGUGUGAAGGACUUCGGGCUCAUCUCAAUGCCUGACGUGACUCAAAGACGCAUAACCAGCAGCGACCAGUUUGUCAUUCUAGCAACAGAUGGGGUAUGGGAUGUCAUCUCCAACCAAGAAGCUGUUAAAAUAGUUUCCUCAUGUCCAGAUAGGAAAAAAACAGCUAAAAGACUGGUGGGAUGUGCCGCUCUUGCAUGGAAGACUAAGAAACGAGGCAUUGCGAUGGACGACAUCUCAGCUAUUUGCCUGUUCUUUCACGCUUCAUCCCCGCCACAAGCCAACCAUUUGGUCUCAAAAUACUCUGGAGUGAAGGAAUCUGGGUAAAUAAGGAUUUUUGUAUCCUCAGUUCCUAUCAGCGCUGUGUGUAUAUAUAUAAGUGUAUGCCCUCCUAGUUGAUGUUGAGUGCUACCAGCCACAUAAUAUGACAGCCUAAUACAGUUGUGCUAAUCAAAUUCUUAGAUCAAAUCCUGGAACACGCGUAAAUC